AUGUCGGUUGCAACUUUGAACGUUGAACAAAGCGAAUUAAUGAGUGCUGUGACGUUAGUCCGAGAAGCGGUACAACUGAAAGCCCUUCAGGACUCCUUAAAAUACAAUUUUCUCGUCAAACAAUUGGCCACCCCAUUUUCUCAAAAAGUUUUAAUCUGGGUUCAAGCGUUGACUCAGUGCACCACACUCAUCCAACCAUGUCACGACGAGUUGGUCAAGACCAUUUAUACUUUGGUUCUUCCUCCAAACCAACAAGUCUAUGAAACAUAUUGCACACUACUCCUCCAUUUAGUGACGUCUAAUACCAUCUACACUCAUGGUAUUGUCACUGCCUUAUUUUCUCGCAUUUUGCCCCAGAACGUCGAAGUUUUCCCCAUUAUAACCAAAGCCAUUGAAACACUGAUCACACUGGUGCCGCUCUCCACUCGAAUCAUCCCACAGAUCUUCACCGAUAUGAUCCCAAACAGAUGGAGACAAGUCCCGGAAUUCACUACUUACAUAUCGUUCUUUUUGACUUCAGUACCCCAAAUCCCAGAAGUCGCGCGACUCGCACUCAUUGCGACAAUAGAAAGAACAGUCCUCUUCGACUCGGAACUACAGAAGUCAAACGAUUUGUUUGCUAUGGAAGAGAACGACACCAGUGUAAUGCUUGCCUCUUUAAUUAAAUUUGUUUUGGGGUGGAUCAGAGAUAUUCCUCAAAGCCUUGAGGGUGCCUUUUAUGAGGCGUUUGAUAAUUAUAUCGUUCGAACGAAGUACCUUACACACACGCCUGUGCUUUAUUUCAUUUAUAACUCUACGGAGGAGCGUGCGAACCUCUUUGCGGGGUUUCUGUCUGCUCGAAGUUCAACCGAAGGGAUCUCUGAAUUGUAUCGAGCGCUUUUCAUCUGUCACUUGGGAGGGUUUGUGAGUAACUCUGCACUGGUGAACAGUGUAGUCACUCUUGAAAUGAUGAACAGAAUAGGACGGAUUUUUGAACGCGAGAACAAUGUGAUGCUCAAAAUUUUGUUGUGCCAACAGUUUGUUCGAAUAUUCAAUAGGAAACACGAAGAGCUGUUGGUGGGGACUAAUGUUGCGCAACUGUUUGGAAAUGGCCAAAUAGUGAGGAAAAUGAUAGUGGAUAAGUCUAACCCUAUUGGGAACUGCAGUCAAAAAACGAUGAGGAUGUUUGUACAAAUCUGUAAGGAGAAGGGACUUGUUGAUAUCGAACAAGUGCUGGCGGAGAAUGUUCUUGCUGAAGAACCAGUGUUUGUGAGUUGCCCAUUGUGCACAUACGACCCAUAUGACUUACCGAGCGAAUUUAGAGGAUUGGCCGGAGAAUUAGUGUCAAAGAAUGAAGAGGUCAUUGAAGAAGUGAAAAUGAAGAACGACUCUGUCACGAAUAAUUCGUGGGAUUUCAGUCUUUAA